AUGGCUUUGGAGCUAUUGAGCGUUGACUUUGAAAUAUUCGGGACAGUUCAAAAAGUUUCAUUUCGUAAAUAUACAAGAGAACAAGGAAAAUUGUUAGGUUUACGAGGUUGGUGUAAGAACACACCUGUUGGAACUGUUAUUGGUACAAUUGAAGGACCACCAAAACAAAUUGACAAAAUGAAAAAUUGGUUGCAAACAGUUGGUAGUCCAGCUAGUCGCAUUGUUAAAGCUGAAUUUAAAAAUGAAAAAUCAUUGAACGAUUAUAAAUAUAAUACAUUCACU